GCUCGGGUCAGUCACGCCUAGACUCGUUCGAAAAGCGAAACCGAAAUCAUUCCAUGGCGACAUACGAAGACUGAUGCUCUUGUCGUGGACUCCUUGUUCAAACGGGCUUCAGUGCAUACUAAACCGACAAUACCAACCGAAAACAAGUUAUUUUGUCAGAAUAAUGUGAAUAGGACCGUUACUUGUGGUGUUAGUGUUUUGUUAUAAAUAUCAACAGUGAUUAUACAAAGAAUAUUGUGAAGUGGUGCAAUAGUGUUUAGCGAGUCUUGCCACCUGGUCCUGGAUUCUUAAGGAUUGUAUCGUUUAAGAGAUAAUCAUUAUAAACGGUCUCGGCCAGAGCCUACACUACGGUCUCCGCAUUAUGAAAGUGCGCUUCCAUACAUGCAUAUGAUCAAGUAGUGAUAGAAAUUUUGAAGCCCGUCCGAUCUUAUUCCGUCAUGGCUAUCCUAUGGACGGGUGGGUGCCUACGCGGGCGACAACGGUAGGCCACAUGCGCCCGCGCCAUGUGGCGCGUGCUGCUGGCCCUCGGGGCCGCGUGCGCCGCCGCGCGCGCCUCGCAGGACGUGGUGUGCACUUUCUCCGACAAGGUCGCUGCGUCUACCUCUCUCUUCAAUCACCUAGUCGUCGAUCGCAACACGGGACGUGUCUACAUUGGAGCUGUCAAUAUAAUCUAUCAGCUUUCCCCAGAUCUCGAACUUGCGCAGUUUAUUAAGACGGGCCCAGUUAAUGACUCAGCACAGUGCACGUUUGAUUGCCCACCCAACUUCGUAAAGAAACCAACGGAUAAUGUUAACAAAGCGCUUGUGAUUGACUAUGCAACGAGCCGCCUUAUAACGUGUGGUUCGGUGCUUCAAGGGUUGUGUUCCGUACGAAAUCUGAAUAAUAUAUCUCAUGACGUACGUGAAGUCCGCGAACCAGUUGUAGCGAACAAUGCCAGUGCAUCCACCGUAGCGUUUAUUGCGCCGGGACCUCCUAAUCCACCAAUGACGCAAGUUAUGUAUGUGGGAGUAACGUUUACUGGAAACUCACCGUAUCGUUCGGAAGUACCUACAGUUAGUAGCCGUUCUCUAGAGGAUGACAGACUUUUUAUGAUAGCCAGAACAGCCGUCACUACUGGGACUCGUAUGUUUGUUAAUUCUUUAUCUCGAGAACGUUACCCUAUAAAUUACGUGUAUGGCUUCAGUUCGGAAGGAUUUAGCUACUUUUUGACAACACAGCUACGAGGUGUGGGUUCUGACACAUAUUAUAGCAAGUUGGUACGUGUCUGCCAUGAUGAUGAGAAUUACUAUUCUUACACCGAGAUACCUAUGUCUUGUAUGGGCGAAGGCGGUGGCAACUUUGGAUACAACCUCGUACAAGCAGCAUUUGUUGGAAAAGCCGGCUCUGUACUAGCAGGUGAACUAGGAAUUACUGCUCAACAUGAUGUUCUCUUUGCUGCAUUUAGCCAGAGUGAAUCUAUUAAUACCAACACACCUUCGAACUUAUCGGCCCUUUGUGUUUAUUCACUUAAAGCCAUACGACGCAAAUUCAUGCAAAACAUAAAAACCUGCUUUAGUGGAAACGGCUCUCGAGGAUUAGAUUUUAUAUCGCCAUCCCAUGCUUGUAUCGGAACGAAGCUACAAUCAAUAAGUGAAGAUUUUUGUGGUUUGGAUGUAAACACUCCAUUAGGAGGCGAACAACCAGUUGAAGCAGUACCAGUUGCUGUAUUUAAGAAGAGAUUAACCGCAGUAGCCGCGACAGCUACCGGAGAUUACACUGUUGUUUUCGCAGGCACAGCUGAGGGUCACCUUAAGAAGAUCGUUGUAGAAAGUGCUACCUCGGCUUUUGAAUAUGGAGAUAUUGUUGUAGAUGAGAGUUCACCAGUGAAUAAAGACUUGUUCUUCGAUACUCAAUUAAUGCAUUUAUAUGUAAUGACUGAAAGAAAAGUGUCAAAAGUAAAAGUUCAAGAGUGUAGCGUUUAUAAAUCAUGCCUAACAUGUCUUGGAGCCAAAGAUCCUUAUUGUGGAUGGUGUUCUCUUGAGAACAAGUGCAGCUUGAGAUCAGACUGCCAGGAUGCAGCUAAAGAUGCUCUGUAUUGGAUUUCUUACCGCAGCGGACGUUGCACUACCAUUACUCAAGUUACACCCAAUCAAUUGCAACGAACAACUGCAAGAACUUUAGAUUUAGUUAUUGAAAACUUGCCCACACUUAAUGGACAAUUCUUGUGUGCAUUUACAGCUUUAGAUCGUACUCUUAUAACUAACGCGACUAGGAAACCAUAUGGGGUAAAUUGUACUACACCGCGUACAGAUACUCUCCCACCUAUUCCUGCUGGUCAGCAUCAUUUUACAGCCAAACUUUCCGUACGCACUACUCAGGGACCUGAUUUUGUAGCUACUAAUUUUACAUUUUUUGAUUGUAAUACGUAUAGCUCGUGUACUCAGUGUGUCAGUUCGUCUUUUCCUUGUGAUUGGUGUGUUGAUGGUCAUCGCUGUACACAUGAUACAGCCGAAAAUUGUAGAAACGAUAUUUUAGUAACCGGCGUAAGUAGAAUUGGCCCCAGUUAUCGCUCUGGUCCCGGAUUUUGCCCUACGAUAAAUUCCACUUCCGACGGCACUAACGAAAUUUUAGUACCAUCCGGCGUGAAAAAAGCUAUCAAAGUAAAAGUUCACAUUAUCGGUCAGUUCAUAGUUCAAACAAGAUUCGUAUGUCAGUUUAAUAUAGAGGGUCGUGUUACUCAUGUUAAUGCUCAGUUACUCGCCGAUACAAUUUACUGUGAGGCUGUAGAAUUUACUUACACUUCUCGCGCGCCUAAUAUAACUGCUUCCUUUGCUGUUAUAUGGGGUGGUUCAAAGCCAUUAGAUAAUCCAGAUAACACUCAUAUUCUUAUCUAUCGUUGUAAUGAUAUGGCAGAUAAUUGCGGUAUUUGCUUAGCGUUGCCUGAAAAAUUCGGAUGCGGUUGGUGCCAGGGCUCAGAUAGAUGUGAGGUUCAGGAACAAUGUGACGCACCAAGUGUGUGGCUAAAUCGUACUCAAACUUGCCCUAAUCCGGAAAUUCACUCGUUUAAACCAAAGCUAGGCCCGUGGGACGGAGGUACUAAUAUUACUAUCGAAGGUAUAAAUUUAGGUAGAAAUAUAUCGGACAUCUAUAACGGAGUAACAAUAGCGGGUAUAAAAUGUCAGCCUAUCAUUGAGUUAUAUGUUAAAACAAGACGUAUUGUUUGCACCGUUGACGGUCCGGGAGAAGAAGUGCCUCGGGAUGGGCCAGUUGUUGUUCGUGUCGCAGACUAUCGUGGGGAGUCAAAACAUCACUAUGCUUUUGUGAAUCCAAAAAUCAAUUCGAUUCAGCCCAAAUACGGUCCACAAUCCGGUGGUACUAAAUUAAGUAUAACAGGCGAAUAUUUAAAUGCUGGAAGUAAUAUUCAGGCAUUUAUUGAUGACUUACCUUGUGCUAUAUUGUCUGUAUCUCACGAGGAAGCGGUCUGUAGAACUAGUCACUCAUAUCAAUUAAAAAUGGGCACGUUACGAAUGCGUUUCGAUAAUGGCAUGCGUACUUUAGAACGCGAAAAAUUUGAAUACAUCGAAGAUCCCGUUGUAGUUUCCGUAGAAUCUGGUCCACCAUUAGCAUCACAACGCAAACAACCCAAAGGAAUUCCAUCCGGAGGGAUAAACAUCAAAGUAUUGGGCCGUAAUUUCCAUUCUAUUCGGUUCCCGCAGAUAUACGUAUAUCACGAUAACCGACCGUAUAUUGCCCCUUGUCAUAGAGUCGAUUUGAAGACCCAUCUCAUAUGCGAAUCUCCUGGGAUCGAAAGCGCUGGCCUGAAUCUAGAUCCCGAUAGGCCGUUAGAGUUAGAAUACGGGUUCAAUAUGGACGACGUACAAAGCGUUCAAAAUCUUACCACCAAGACAGGCGAAGCGUUUUUACUUUAUCCAGAUCCUAUUUACGAAAAAUUUGAUGAAGAUGUUAAAUAUUAUAAGUCUGAAUAUUUAACAAUUAACGGCCAAAAUUUAGAUAGAGCAUGUACCGAGACUGAUGUCGAAGUUCAUAUAGGGGAAAGUUUGUGUAAUGUCACUUCUCUUUCUAGACAUCAACUAACGUGCAGGCCGCCCUCUCGGGACGAAUUACCCGACGGGGUAGACACUCCAGAAGUUGUCGUAAGAGUAGGUCGCGCUCUAACUUAUAAAAUCGGUAAAUUAUCCUAUUCGUCGCAGGCAGGCUUACAAGCAGCGAUAGGAAAGCCAGUAUUAUUCGGUGUUAUAGCAAGUAUUGUAAUAUUCAUAUUAGUGUUAGUCGUGUUUCUAGUUAUGUAUAGGAGAAAAUCCACUGAAAAUAUUAGAGUAUUAAAAAAUAUGCAGGAGCAAAUGGAUAUUUUAGAAUUAAGGGUAGCCGCAGAGUGUAAGGAGGCAUUCGCGGAACUGCAGACUGAAAUGACAGAUUUGACGGGAGAUGUUACGGGCGGUAUACCUUUCCUAGAUUAUCGUACGUACGCUAUGAAGAUAUUGUUCCCCAAUAUAGACGAUCACGCCGUCCUCCAGUGGGAACGCCCAGAGCUUAUUAGGAAAGAAAAGGGUCUGAGAAUGUUCGGACAGUUAAUUAUGAACAAAACAUUCCUUCUAUUAUUUAUUCGUACUUUAGAAAGCAAUAGGUAUUUUUCAAUGCGUGAUCGUGUUAAUGUAGCUUCUCUCAUAAUGGUAACCUUACAAAGUAAAAUGGAAUACUGUACUGAUGUUUUAAAGACACUAUUAGCGGAGCUUAUAGAGAAAUGCAUGGAAAGCAAGAGCCAUCCUAAAUUGUUGCUUAGGCGUACCGAAAGCGUCGCCGAAAAAAUGUUGAGCGCUUGGUUCACUUUCCUCUUAUACAAAUUUCUUCGUGAAUGCGCUGGCGAGCCUCUGUACCUCUUGUUUAGGUCAAUGAAAGGUCAAGUAGACAAAGGGCCUGUAGAUGUUAUAACGUCCGAGGCGCGAUAUUCUUUAAGCGAAGAAAAACUAAUUAGGCAGUCGAUCGAUUUCAAACCAAUGACCGUGAGCGUGUCCAUAUCGCAACAAACAAUCUUCGUUAGCGGCUUAGAGGCUACAACAGAAAACGUGCAAGUAAAAGUUCUUGACUGUGAUACGAUUAGCCAAGUAAAAGAAAAAUGUUUAGACGCUAUUUACCGAGCCACACCGUACUCUCAGAGACCUAGUCGUGACGAGUUAGAUUUGGAAUGGCGCACGGGCGCUUGCGGUCGCUUAAUUCUUUAUGAUGAAGAUAGCACUACUAAAUGUGAAGGCGAAUGGCGUAAGCUCAAUACUCUUAAUCACUAUCGCGUACCCGAUGGCGCUUGUUUAAGUUUAGUCGCGAAACAAAGUUCAGUAUACAAUCUUUCGAACAUGGAAAAGAAUGAUAAGUCGCAUACAUAUGAAACUCUCAAUAGGGGCAAGUACGGUUCAGCUAGCCCUCCUGCUAGUCCUCUUAAAUAUGAACACGGUGGCGGUUUCAAAUAUUGGCAUCUCGUUAGACAUCAUGACGGUGACGCACAUAAGGAGGGAGAGCGUGGAAAUAAAAUGGUAUCUGAAAUAUAUCUUACACGUCUUCUCGCUACUAAGGGAACGUUGCAAAAGUUUGUAGAUGAUUUAUUCGAGACUAUUUUCAGCACCGCGCAUCGCGGCUCCGCUCUACCUCUUGCAAUAAAAUAUAUGUUUGAUUUUCUCGAUGAUCAAGCGCUCCAGCAUGCCAUAUCCGAUCCUGAAGUGGUUCAUACUUGGAAAAGCAAUUCCCUUCCCUUACGUUUUUGGGUUAAUCUUAUUAAAAAUCCCAAUUUCGUCUUUGAUGUUUACAAGUCUAAUACAGUUGAUUCUUGCUUGUCCGUAAUUGCGCAGACUUUCAUGGAUUCGUGCUCGACUUCCGACCACAUCCUUGGCAAAGAUUCUCCUUCUUCUAAGCUUCUGUAUGCUAAAGAUAUUCCAGUGUAUAAGGAAUGGGUAGAGCGAUAUUACGCAGACAUAAAAUUGAUGCCGGCCAUAUCUGAUCAGGAUAUGAAUGCAAUGUUAGCUGAGGAGUCACGCCUCCACACUAAAGAGUUCAAUACGAACUGCGCACUGAACGAGCUGUACGCGUACGCGGUGAAAUACAACGAACAGCUAAUGGUGACGCUCGAGGAGGACGAGUUCUCGCAGAAGCAGCGGCUCGCGUUCCGCCUCGAGCAGGUGCACGGCCUGAUGGCGCACGACUACAACGUGUGAUCAGCUCGUGCGAGGCCCGUACCCCACCGCCCUGUAUAUACUGCCCCCGCACAUAUCUAUGCUGGCAAAUAUUGUAUAUAUUAGAUAGUGUACAGUCUUUAAUAUUGUAAUUUUUGUAUUAUUUCAGCGGUCCGAUGUCGUUUUUUAAUUUUAUAUAUGAACUUUGUAUUGAUUUUACACGACGAAUCCGACCGGCCGCGGUCGUGCCACAGUAUGCAUCGUAAACUAAAAUUGUGUAUGUCUGUCUAUGUGUGCUCGCCUCGUACGAGUUAAUGUUACGUCGAUCGGUGUAAAAUGUGUGUCGCAAAUGAAAUCGCAUGUAAGCCCGCCGGCCAGCGACGCAUCGCUCGCCGACGGGCGAUUUUUAAAUUUGUACUCGCAGUCUACUUAACGAAAUAACCGUCAGUGAUCCGGUGAACGAUUCCAUUAAUAAAUAUCGUCGAAUGUA